UGUCACACUGACAGAGGAGAGCCGGUAAUCAGCAUCCCUCAGAGGGGACAUGUACACUGAUCAUCAGGGCACUGAUGAUCACUGCCUUUCAGUGUCACCCAUCAGUGCCACCUAUCAAUGUCAGUCAGUGCCAACUAUGAGUGCUGCCAAUCAGUGCCACCUAUCAGUGCCAGUCACUGCCGCCUAACAGUGCCAUAUAUGAGUGCUGCCUUUCAGUGCCCAUCAGUGAUGCCUGUCAAUGCCCAUCAGUGCCACCUACCAGUGCCUCCUCAUCAGUGCAACCUAUCAGUGCCCAUCACUGCAGCCUCAUUAGCGCACAUCAGUGAAGGAGAAAAAUUACUUAUUUACAAAAUGUUAUAA